GUUUUAUUUUACGUGAAUACGGAUCUAAUAUUGGUUGAAAUGGAUGAACUAAAGGAACAGUUGAUGCAAAUCAAAGAUACUCCUAUCCUUGAAUGCAAGGAUGUGGGAUUGAAUUCCAACAAACGUAGUCUUACCCUGGUCAUUAAACUCGGCACUUCUUCCAUAUGUGACGAGCAGACGUUCAAGCCUAAACUAGCCAACCUGUCCUUGCUGGUUGAAACAGUUGUGGCAUUACGGUCAUUGGGCCACAAUGUCAUGAUUGUGUCCAGUGGUGCUGUGGGUGUUGGCUUGCGUCGACUGGCUUUGUUAAAGAAACCAAAACAUUUAUCCCAAGUGCAGGCUGUGGCAGCUGUUGGUCAAGGACGACUUAUGGCUUUAUAUGAUACGCUUUUUUCACAAUUCGAAGUUCCAAUUGCACAGAUUUUACUUACCAGAGAUAACUUGGCAGAGAGAUCGCAAUACUUGAAUGCUAGAUCCACGCUUCGCGAGCUAUUGCAGAUGAAUGUUGUGCCCAUCAUUAACGAAAAUGACUCUGUUUCCAACGCAGAGAUUCGAUUUGGAGACAAUGACACUCUAUCUGCCAUUGCUGCAGGAAUGAUCAAUGCAGAUGUACUGUUUUUGCUGACUGAUGUGGAUGCUCUUUAUACCGAUAAUCCACGCACCAAUCCAGAUGUCAAGGCAGUUCGAGUUGUAGACAAUAUCAAACAACUUCGAGAACAAGUGACUGUUACAUCUCUUGGAUCGUCUAUUGGAACUGGAGGAAUGGUAACUAAACUGAUUGCUGCUGAGCUUGCUACUGCAGUUGGCUGUAGCACGGUAAUUAGUCUAGGUUCCAAGCCGCAAGUCAUUCUUGAUAUCAUCCAAGAAAUCCAAACCCAACGCGCAGCUCCACCUGGCACAGUGUUUUCCCCUACAAUUGGUACGCAUUUUCUGGCCAAACCCAAUCCAAUGGUAGAUCGUAAAUGGUGGAUCUUGCAUGGUCUUGCAGUCUCUGGAUCGGUUUACAUUGAUGCUGGUGCAGUUCUUGCCAUCACAAAGCAAAAGAGUUCACUUUUUGCUGCUGGCAUUGUCAAGGUAGAGGGAACAUUCAACGCUCAACAGAGUGUUCAAAUCAUGACUGUUGUUAAAAAAACACUCCCACGUGGCGAAGUUGUAGAACAAACAGUCGAAGUUGCUCGAGGUCUUGCCAAUUACUCGGCAGUCGAAAUGCAGCGUAUCGUUGGUGUUCAGAGCUCCAAGAUUGCUGACCUGCUUGGAUACAGUGAUUCUGACUAUGUGAUUCAUCGCGAUAACAUUGCCAUUGUCAUUGAUCAGAAUCAGCAAGAUUCCUAAAUUUUGACUAUAUUGGAUUGAUGAAUUAUAUUCAAACCAAGUCUUGGAAUAAAGGCCAAUUUGUUUAUUGUAGA